CAACAUUCAUGUACCUUAUCGAUUAACUAUGUCGACGACCAAUCAGUUGAUAACAAACUAGACGUCAAAAUGUCACACCGCGGUGAUGUAUUGUGGAAAAAAUCAGUUCGCAAAUUUUAGUUACGUUACCGGGUAAUUGUUUCGAUUUGAUUUGUUGUGAAAUCAAGAUGUCCAGACCGGUGUUGUAUACACGAUAUACUUAUACUAGUCAACGCACUCGUUCCUACGAAUCGGAGGAGCACGAGAGAGGGGCAUGCGAGUGGUGUGAAUAUGCGUUGGUGAUUACCCUUGCGACAAUCCUGCUUAUUGGUGUGUCGGCACUCACCAUCUUCUGGGUGUUCUAUUACCGCGAUGGGUACGCAUGGGCAGAUGGCACACCAGAUAAGCAGUUCAAUCUGCAUCCAACGCUCAUGGUCGCUGGAUUCAUUACUUUUAGCGGAUUCUCUGUGUUGCUGUACCGCAUCUGCCGAUGCUUCAGACGUAUCUACGUGAAGCUGCUGCAUGCCAUAUUCCACGCUUUGGCCUUCCCGUGCAUCGUGAUCGGGUUCCUUGCGGUAUUCGACUACCACAACAAGUCCGGCAUCAACAACUUCUACUCGUUGCACAGCUGGAUCGGCCUCGUGGCUAUGGGACUGUUUGGACUCCAAUACGCAGUCGGCUUCUUCAGCUUCCUCUUGCUUCUGAUCUGCAACAAAGGCACCGCAAGCUUCCGUGCGUCCCUUGUGCCCAUCCAUGCUGCCUUCGGUAUACUGACCUUCGUGCUCGGCGCCGCUGCUUGUCUCACCGGCCUUACCGAGAAGGCACUCUUCGACAUUGGGAAAGAGACCUACGCCACGAUGAGCCAGGAGUCGAUCGUGAUGAACGCCAUCGGUAUGUCAGUGGUGGCGGUUGCGGUGGUGGUACUCUACACGGUGCGCGGCACUGGCGGCUACCGCCUGCGCAAAGUUGCGCAGAACCCCAGCUAAGAAGCUAACGCCAUCUAGGCGGCGAGUUGUAAAGCUUUUUCAAACUUAACGGAUUUUUUCAGAGUCUAUUAUUGUGCGAUUCAACGUUAGUACUAUUUGAUACAGUCGAAGAGUUACAUAUUUACUGUUUGUAUCUUUGACGAAGACUUAUACAUGUUUAAAUUAUUGCUUUGAGAAAAGUUGAACGUUAAUUUUUCAUAUUGCAAAUCAAAAUAUGUAAAAUAGUACUUUAAAUAAUACUUAGCUGUUUAAAUUCGAUUUGUAAUUUAUAAUUUUAAAUCAACAUUUGUAUUUUGAAAUCUCGUUAAUUUUAUACUUCCGACUUCAUUCAAAUAUGAUACUUACCUAGACAUACAUUUUUUCAAAGCAAUGGAAAGAUCAUAUUACUGUAAUUUAUAAAUACAACUUAUUCAAAUAAAUAAGGAUUAUAUACUAAAAGAAAUAUUAAGUUUUACAACUCGCCACUGAAGUUUUCUACGUUUUUUAAAAUUUCGAUUUUAUGCUUAAUAAUGGAGGACACCACGAAUACGAGUAAGUUAGCAUAAAUUCGGAUAACAAUCUUCCAAAUUUCUUUUGAUGUAAGCAAUACGAAGCUGUUAGAAUAAUAACAUUAUUACUUUGUAGUUUUACCGUUUUAUGAAGACCUCUCAAAUUAUGUGAAACUUUCUAUUAUAUUAAGAGAAAUCGUUUAGCUCAAUUUGUUAACUUUAAGUUACACAAAUUCUAUAUCGGUUUGACGGUUGUGCGAUGUUCCAUAUGAAAAAUCUUUAGAUAUUAUUGCAAAUGAAUUCCGUCACAAUGCGGCUUAAAAGAAUAAUAUGUAUUUAUAAUAUCAUGGAAAUUAUUUAUGUCCUGAUAUUAAAAAUAUUAUCUUUUUAGCCGUUACCUAUGUAGUAAAAUUUUAUUGCGACUGAAUUGUACAUUGGACAUUGUAGUUUUGUUCAGAACACAAUUAGUUAGAUUGUAAUUCUGUUAAAUUUAUUGGAAUUUAUUGAAAUGCAGUGAUUUAUCUUUCGGGCGAAUAUGUCUUUUGGCUGCGAGUGAUAAAGAAGACAUUUUAUAUCAAUUUGAAUUCCAUCAUAUUCGCGUUCUGUGGUAAUCCUUAGAAUAAUUUAUUAUUGGUAUAAUUAUCAAAAGACCGCAGGGAUUACCGCCAUUUUAAAACUAUAUAAAACAUUACUGAGGCCAUAGAUGUUUAGGUAUCGAAUAUUGGUACAACCGAAAAGUAGGUUUUAUUAGUUAAGGUAUUUUAGGUAAUACUUGUAUAUAAUUUUUAAUCUAAUUAAUGUAAUGUGCGAGUGUUCGAUAGACGUAGAAUGUGAUCAAGUUGUAGUGAAACAUACAUAUUAUAAUAUAAUAAAGAUCAGUGAAUUCCCAUUCAUUAAAUAUUUGAAUUGGCGAAUAGCGAUAUUGAAACGAAAUUUAAAAUAUAAAAAAAUUGUGCAGUGAAUAUAAAACAGAUGAAAAUCAGGGAAUUUUACUGCCAAAUUAUUAUGACCGGUGGCGCCACCUGUCUACUCUAUGUAAAUGUGAUUAACUACUUAUCAUUAUCGGUAUUUUGAACUUUAUAAAAAUUUCAAGUUUGUGCUAAGAAAUAUAUGUUUGUAGAGUUAAAGUUUUAGAUGAACACUGCAUUAUCUGUUUUACAGUCCAGUGGCGCCAUCUAGGUACAUUAACUAUUACGAAAAAAAAAUUAAUUUUAUGUACGUUCUGUUAAAUUUUGCAUAAAUUAUUUUUAGGUAUUUAUGAUAAGACGAGUGUUCAUCCAGUUGCCAAAAUCGAUGUGAAAUUAUCAUAUGUUUGUUAUAAAGUGUGUAUCAAUUAUUACUGUGUAUUGCAUACAAAUAUAAAUACAUUUAGUAUAUUUAUCAAUAAUUAUUACAAGUAGGAUAAUGCUCAAGGUAUUUAAUUUUAUACAAGGGGUACCUACAUAUUAUUUCCUUGUGUAGAGUUGAGUAAAUUUUCUAUUAGAUUUAAAUAUAUUAAAAUGGAAAUUGUAUAAAAUAUAAAGAAAAAGCAUUCCAAAAGAACAUUCUUUUUUAAAAUAUACAAACCCGUACUAAGACUGCAUAGAUCCUUUUGAUAAAAACAGGAUUUGCUAUAAUUUUUUCCAGAGUGUAUUUACAAGGUUUUUAAAUAUUCCCGGUUUUGUGGAUCCCUAUGAAAUAUCGGGGCCAACUUUUUUACAUUAUCAUAGUACCCCCAUUUUCGAUAAUCGACCGCUAUUUUAUAACAGGUCGAUCGCUUAACUCAAAGCCAUAUGUAAAGUAAUAUUUUUAAGAACAUUUUAUUCUUUUUUUAUUAAUGGAAUAAACCUAAAUCCUUAAAUCAAUACACUGACAUUGAAUGUGUCUUCUAAAAACGUGUGAUAUUGAUGAAAGAAUAAAGCUGGCGCCAGACAUCUGAACACACAAGUGAACAAUUUUUUGUCCAAAUACAAUUUAUAAGCGCACAUAUAUGUAACAAUGAAUCAAAUACUCAUGCCACUCAGUGUGCACUUGUCGGACUCCGGGGUGAAAUAACUUCAUAAUAACGAAUAUAGCUCAUUGUGAAUUUUCCUUUGCGCAAAA